UAUUAGUCUUUUUGCUUUCAUCACAAUGCAAGUAUCAAAUCCGAAUAACGUUAAAAUUUACAAUCUCAGCGUUGGAAGAUCUUUACCAGAUUGGCUUUCUGAUAGAAAGAGAAGACAGCUACUUAAAAAUGAUGUUGAUCUUAGAAGAAGGAUUGAGCUGAUACAGGAUUUUGAAAUGCCUGUGGUUAGUAACUGCAUUCAAGUGUCAAAAGAUAGACAAUAUAUUUUAUCAACAGGAAUAUACAAACCCAGAGUUCGAUGUUUUGAUGUCAACCAGCUUUCAAUGAAGUUUGAAAGAUGUUUUGAUUCCGAAGUUGUAAAGUUCCAUAUCUUAUCAGAAGACUACAGUAAGGUUGUUUUUCUUCAGCAAGAUAGAUAUGUAGAAUUUCAUGCCAAAUAUGGAAGAUACUAUCGACUGCGAAUACCUAAAUUUGGCAGGGAUUUAGCCUAUCAUGAGCCUUCAUGUGAUUUGUACUUUGUUGGGGCAAGUGCAGAAGUAUAUAGAUUCAAUUUGGAACAAGGUAGAUUCCUUAAUUCACUGGUAACUGAUUCAGGGUCAUUAAAUGUUUGUGAAAUUAAUCCGGUUCAUAAUUUAUUUGUCACUGGAACACUAGAAGGUCGAGUGGAAUGUUGGGAUCCCCGAAUGAGGAACAGAGUUGGGAUACUAGACUGUGCAUUGAGCAGUGUGACAGAUCAUACACAUGUGGAUGGAAUGCCUUCUAUCUCAGCAUUAAAAUUCAGGGGUAGUUUGAAUAUGGCUGUUGGCACGACUACAGGGCAGAUUUUAUUGUAUGAUAUCCGAUCAGACAAGCCACUUUUAGUGAAGGACCACCAAUAUGGUUUACCAAUCAAAUCCAUUGAAUUUCACAAUUCACAUAAUUUAGUCAUUUCUGCUGACAGUAAAAUUGUGAAACUUUGGGAUAGAGACACUGGCAAAGCUUACACUUCAAUUGAACCACUCUGCAGUAUCAAUGAUUUAUGUGUUUUACCUGAUACUGGAUUGUUAUUCUUAGCAACUGAAUCUCCAAAAAUGCAAAGUUAUUUUAUUCCGAGUCUUGGUCCUGCAGCAAGAUGGUGUUCAUUUUUAGACAACUUAACAGAAGAACUUGAAGAAGAUCCAAAUCCUGUUGUAUAUGAUGAUUAUAAGUUUGUAACAAAAAAAGAUUUAGAAAAUCUUGGGUUAAAACACUUACUUGGUACAAAUUUACUACGUGCCUAUAUGCAUGGUUUCUUCAUGGACAUCCGACUGUAUCACAAAGCUAAAUCAAUUGCUGAGCCUUUUGCAUAUGAGGAUUAUAAAAAGAAGAAAAUACGGGAAAAGAUUGAAGCUACACGGACAAACAGAGUGAAAGUUGAUAAAUUGCCUGCAGUUAAUAAAGAAUUGGCACAAAAAAUCAUAGAAAAAGAAGACAACAUAGAUAAAAAAAAGAAAAAGAAAGUGUUACCUAGCCUUUUGAAAGAUGACCGUUUUGCUGUUAUGUUUAAAAAUCCUGACUUCCAAGUAGACUUAGAUAGUGAAGAGUUCAGAAUGUUAAAUCCUAUGGUUGCUAGGAUGGAAAAACAGAAAGAGAAGAAACAUCAAGCCAUGCUAGAUGAGAAGUUUGAUGAAAUUGAGGAGGAAGAGGGACGACCUAGUGAUGAAGAGAGCAGCUCAGAUGAAGAGGAAGAGCGGGAAUGGAGAGAAGAGAUGAAGCGACAGCAUCAUCUUGUAAAACAAGAAGAAAGAAUGAAAAGGAAAGUAGAUACCAUGCAAGGAUUGACAGAGUCAAAACCUAAAUUUUAUGAGUUAAAAUCUGGGGAAGAUUUCAAGGCUAUCAAAGAACUCACUAAGAAACGAAAACAUAUCACAAAAAGUUUUGGUGAAAGAAUAAACAAAGACAGCUUUAAGGAUAAUACAGGGAAGUUUGCAGGAAGUAAAGAAAUGACAUUUACACUGAGAAAGAAUGAACGAGAAUCUGCAAAGGAUGCUGCUGCUAGGCAACACAAAGAUGACAGAUUAAAGGUGGGAAGGUCUGCAAAACAUCUUUUGAAGAAAGAGAGGAAACCUGGAAUGGUCUGGAGAAAAAGAAAAUAAAAGCGUACACCCUUUUUAAU